GAUUUUCAGUUGAAUUUUUGUUGUGGUUUAUAACACUUCGUUGGAUUUAGAAAACAUAAUGGAAAUUCUUAUUAUCCUACCGAUUUUGGCAGUGUCUUCAGUAUUCAUAAUAAAAAUGGCUGCUGCUGAAUCUAAACCGCCACAUUAUAGUUCACUUCUGGUUAUGGCCGAGGCUGCUAUUGAAGAUUGCUACAAGGAUGCGGCUCAGAGUGUCAAAGUACAGCUAACCCAUGAGAGUUUUGAUGAAAUAUUGAAGGGUUCUCGCACCAACUUAUCCCACAAUGCGAAGUGUCUACGAUACUGUAUUAUGCGCAAAAAUGGCUUGUUAAAUAUAGAUAACUCAAUCGAUGAGGAAAACAUUUUGCAAAUAUUUCAAAUAAUACAUCCUCAAGUUGAAAAGGACUCACUAUUGGAUGUGUUACAAAAAUGUUCCCGAGAAACGAAUAAGCAAGCUGAUAACUGUGAGCGUGCUUUUAUGGCAUCCAGCUGUAUUCUCCGGGAGCUGCAAGAAGAUGGUGUAACCGAUAUUUAAAACAACUCUUUUAGAAGCCUUUUAAAAAUAUUCUUACGUACAAUAUAUUUAUAAAUAUUAAAGAAAAUUUCAAAGGGAUAAACUAAGGAAAUAUCGCUCUUUCUUUUUUUUUACUUUCAUAUAAUUUAAGCGCUUAAAAUUUUUAUUUUAUUUAAUUUACUUUGGUUUUCGCUUUAACUAUAUAUCACACUAUAAAAUAUUUAAUAAAUUUUAAAUAAUCCUCCAAGCGCCGCUCUUCAACUACGUCCAGCAGCUGAGACACGCAUGCGCUGUACUCCAAAAUGGCCUGCAGCAGCUCUAGCGAUUCCAUGUUAGCGCCAAACAUCUCUUACGAAUUGUCAGUUUUAAAAUGCACAAAGGCAUUGUUUUUACAUUGCGCAAUGUCACAAUACUUAAGUAAAUAAACUAUACAUGUGUGCUUGUCAAGAAACGCA